AUGAAGUUCCUUAAUAUCAUCACAUCCCUUGGAGCUGCUACACUGGCCUUGUCCGCUGCACUACCGGCUGCCGAGCUUGAGAGCAAAGUCGAAUUCAGAGCUAUUGCCGAUGUUACAGAACCACCACCAUUUGUGACCGACGGAGGAAUUGAUAUUCCAGGAGCUGUCAAUGACAGAUCUUUGGUGCCAAAGGCAGGGGCCUUGUUCGAUCGUGAUAUGUCCGUGAUGUGUGGGUAUGCCGAGUGUAUUGGUUCCCGCUUCAUUCAUCCUCAACAUGAAAGUGAAAUGUGGCAUGCAUUCGACCGGUACUACGGAGGUGGAUUCCGCGUAAAAUCAUACCAAACCUAUUGCAUCAAAUGUAGAGGCGGUGUCAUUGCUUUUAGCAAUAUAGUCAGCUACUCUAUCGAUGUCACUAGAAAUGAUUGGCUUCGAUCAUACGAUUGUCUUAGACCAUUGAUCUUGUCAGGAAAGAGUCGCUGUUUUCUUGGUAGUUUGACUUUUGGUUAUCACGGCGGAUGGCGCGUCGGUGCUGUUCAGGAAUUCGAUGGGUACGAUGGGUGCAUCGAGGGUUGCUAG